AUGCGUCAGCGCGCAGUGGGGAGCGCCGGCCAGUCGGCGGAAGCUUUGGAGGCGGCCAGCUCCGCCACGUCCAGGUGGACUCCCAGCGCGGGGACUGGCGAGCUGAAUGUGGCGGCCCAAGAGGUCCAGAGCCGGCUUCAAACUCAGGCCGCCCUUCUGCAGCAAUAUACCCAGGAGUUCUUGUCGACGCGGGCCGCCAUUCGGGCUCAGGAGUUGGGUCGGAAAACCGACGAUCUGGCCAAUAGCCGAAGGGCCAAUGCCGACUUGAGGAAGGAGCUCGGCGAGGCGCAGGCCACCCUCCGCACCAGUGACGCUGAGUACGCCGCCUUGUCAAUUUUCCUCGUAGUAAAAAAACAUCUCUCAACUCCCAAGCUGGCACCACCGCACCUCGGCGAGACGGCGACCGUCUCCCUCGUGCCGUCGUCGUCGCCGGCGAUGGCGUCCCAGCCACCGCCUCCACCCCACGAGCUCGACCUAGAGGCGUUCCUCCCGUCGUCUCCCGCCUCCUCCGACGCCGACGCCGACGCCGACGCCGAUCACCGCCGCGCCGUCGACGACCUGCUCCUCCUCCUCUCCUCGUCCUCGUCCGACUCCGACGACGAGCCAACCCGUACGCCCAGCACCAACCACAAAGCUCUGACCCGCAUCAAAGCCCCACCGCCGCCCGCUAAACCUUCCCCAUCUCCUCUGCCAUCGCCUUCCGCGUCCCCCCGGAGAUCCACAUCCGCAUCGCCGUCGGCGACGCUCUCCUCCCUCGCCCCGAGAACCUUUUCCAACGCCGCCGCCGCCUCGUCGAGGCCGCUCCCCUCGCUCUUCCGGGAUGUCCGCCCCAGCCCCAAACCCGGCGCCGCCCUCGCUGCCGCCGCCGCCGCGUCCCGUGCUGUUCUCACCCCGCACGCCGCUGCAGUUAGGUCGCGGCGCACCGCCUCCGCGCCCAUCGAGAAGCUCCUCGACCAAGCCUCCGAGGCAGAGGAAGUAGCUGACAAGGCCAGUGAGGAAGUGGUUGCUAGGGUGACCGUGGAAACUGUCGGCGGGGAUGGGGUUGAAGAAUUGGAAGAGGACAAAAAACACGGAGAAGUGGGGACUGAAGAGAAUUCCAAGCCCUCAGAAUCGGUGGGCGGAGGCAAUGUCGAUUCUGGUGCCGCGGAGAAUUUCGAUGUGCAGGAGCAACUUGGGAGUCAAAUUGGGCUUGUUGAUCAGGAAAAUAGUGAUGAGCAAAUUAGAGAUGGAAAUUUGGUGGAAUCUGUUGAGAUUGUGGAUCAGGAUGGGUCAGUGUCCGAUGAAAAGACUGAGGACGGGCUAGAGGUUGAAGUUGAAUGUUCUGACACUGAUUUGGAAGAGCAAGCGGAAUCUGAGGGGAUCAUCGAUAGGGUGGUCGAAGAGAGGUUGGAGAUGAGCAGGAUGGCUGAAGAAAAUGCGGAGGAAAGGCGAAAGGCACCAAUGAAACAGUUGAAGCGGGCCGAGGAGUUCGAGAAGAGGCAGGCCUCAUUUGGGCAGCACUGGGAGGAGGGAGCAGCGGCACAACCCAUGCGCCUGGAGAGGAUUGGGAAGGGCCAACCAGCUAUUGGUUACAUGCAGAUCGAGGUGGACAACCCGAUAACUCGUGCCAUGGCUUCUCCAUCUUUUAGACAGGAACAUGGCUCUCCUCAGGUCUUAGCAGUACAUAGGAGCUAUAUUGCGACGGGUAUGUCCAAUGGAUCUGUUAUCAUUGUCCCAAGCGAAUACUCCAUCCAUCAAGCUGAUGAUACAGAUGCAAAGAUGUUGUUCUUUUGGAACCAAGGUGUGAAAACUCAAUCACCAGUGACUGCCAUGUGCUUUAACCCGCAAGGGGAUCUUCUGCUAGUAGGAUAUGGUGAUGGUCAUAUGACAAUUUGGGAUGUACAGAAGGCUACUGCAGCAAAAGUCAUAUAUGGUGGGCAUACAGCUGUAGUGCAUGUUUGUUUUAUCUGCCAAUCUAAAGCCAUCACUGGUGAUUCAAAAGGGCUUGUUCUUCUGCACACAUUCUUGAUUAUCCCUGUCAUUAAUCGCUUGACUGUCAAGGGAACCCAGCGCCUUUUUGAUGGACAUACUGGAAUCGUGCUCUCAGCCUGCCCUCUUCUAGCGGAUGAAUCCUUUGGUUCUGGCAACUCAUCUAUGCAAGGCAACCUAAUAACUUCCUCGAGUGGUGGUCUUGGGAGCAUGAUGGGAGGUUUAGUUGGAGUAGAUUCUGGACGGAAGUUUUUCAAUGAAGGUUCUUCUCCAAUGGAGGAUGGUGUUACAGUCAUGUUCAUUAUGCAUCAACAUGCUCUUGUGGUUAGACUCCGCACCAACAGUGACCACGUUGACCAUAUUGAGACCUUCUCUAGACCAGAAGGAGCACGAGAAGGGUCAAUUGCCUAUGCUGCAUGGAAAUACACAUCAUCCUCGAGUGAUUCAUCGCCAAUUGAUGAAGAGCCAGUAUCUUGGCUUGCGCUUGUCUGGGACCGUCAAGUGCAAGUGGCAAAGUUUGUUAAAUCAAAGGUGAUCAAACACAAGGACUGGAAUCAUGAUAGUGCCGCCGUUGGUGUUGCUUGGUUAAAUGAUCAGAUGUUAGCUGUCCUUAACUUGAGAGGGCAGCUCUGCCUGUUCUCAAAAGAUGGCAGUGAGCUUCGCAGGACUAUCUUUAUUCUUGAUGGUUUGGUCUUCGAUGACAGCAUACUGUACCAUACACAUUUUUCUAACAGGUUUGGUAACCCUGAGAGGCAUUUUAACAACUCGGUAGCAGUAAGAGGUGCUACAGUAUAUAUUCUUGGCCCAAGCUUUCUUACAGUUUCGCCACUUCUUCCAUGGAAAGAGUGGAUUGAAGCACUAAAGAGGGCUGGUGAUUGGAUGGGUGCAAUGGACAUGGCAAUGAAGCUUUAUGACGGUCACACACAGGGUGUUAUUGAUCUUCCGAGAACAGUUGAUUCCAUAAGGGAAGCCAUAAUGCCGUAUCUAGUAGAGUUGCUGCUGUCAUAUAUAGGUUAUGUCUUUGAAUAUAUUUCAAUUGCAUUGUCAAACCAUACUGGAAAAGGGGGAGCAGCAGAUGGCCUGAUAGACGCCGAUAGAUCACUGCUGACAGAGAGAGAAGAACAAUAUGCUCGUGUAGGAGGGGUUGCAGUCGAGUUUUGUGUUCACAUUGGACGGAAUGACAUCCUGUUUGAUACAGUCUUCUCUAAGUUUGUUGCUGCUCAAAGUGGAGGUAUGUUUCUGGAGGUACUAGAGCCAUAUAUGUUGAAAGAUAUGCUUGGUUCUUUACCACCUGAGAUCAUGCAAGCUCUAGUAGAGCAUUAUAGUGGCAAAGGAUGGUUGCAGCGAGUCGAACAAUGCAUUCUUCAUAUGGAUAUUUCAUCACUGGAUUUUAAUCAGGUAGUCAGACUCUGUCGUGAGCAUGGGUUAUAUGGUGCUCUAAUAUAUUUAUUUAACCAAGGCUUGAAUGAUUUCCGUUCACCUCUAGAGGAACUUCUAUCUGUUAUCCAGAACGCUACUAGAAAAGAUGCUACUUGCUACAGAAUGCUUGUUUAUCUGAAGUAUUGCUUCCAGGGCCUAGCAUUUCCUCCAGGGCAUGGAAUAAUUCCCCGAGCGCAGCUUCAUUCAGUGAGAAAAGAACUUCUGCAAUUCAUGCUUGAAGAGUCUAAAAUGCACACUUCUGAAGUAUUUAAGGGUUUCAGUUCUUCUUCCGGAAAAUGCCCAAACAUAUGCUAUCUACUAUGGAUGGAUACGGAAGCUACUCUGGAAGUUGUCAAGUGUGCUUUUGCACAAGAGAAUUUUGAAUCUACUUCUAGUACUCCUGAUGCAUCUGUGUCCAAGGAUGAAGAUGAUACCAAUAUUGAAAGAGAGAGUCAAAAUAUCUUAUUGCAAGGUGUAGUCGACACCAUCAUUCAUAUUGUUGGUUUGGAAAAUGAGGCAAUCCAUUCCAUUGUUGUGGGUACUGCUGAGUCAGAGGAAUCAGAACUUUGGCCUACAGUGAAUGAUUUUGGUUAUAUAAUUGAAUUUGUGUCCUUUUUUAUUUCCAAUAAAAGGGCAAAGUCAUCUCAAAGAGUUCUUAAGCACAUUCUUAAAUACCUCACGUCAUCCAGUACUCCAUCAUAUGAUGAUAAAAAGAUGCCAACUCAGAAAGAAGUUCUUCAGCUCUUCAAUGUGGUUCCUCAAACUGACUGGAAUUAUGAUUAUGUGUUGCAUCUUUGUUUAGAUGCCCAUUUUCAUCAGGCAUGUGGCAGGAUAUAUGCAGCCAGAAAUCAAAAUUUGUCUGCUUUGGAUAGUUACAUGAAGGAUAUAGUGGAACCAUACCACGCUUUUAUCUUCAUCAAUAAAAAGUUAUUUCAGUUGGCAGGCGAUGAAGCUUUGUCGUUUCGUUCUACAGUAAUAUCUUGUUUCGCCGAGCUAGUCAAUCUAAGCAGGGAGUGCGCAUUUGUCUUGUUCCUUGAUCAUUUUCAAAAUCAGAUCCAGCAAAUAUUGUCAAUGCUUCCUUCUCACAGCCGCAGCCACUUUCUUUUCUUGAAAACUGCAAUGGAAGUAGACUUGUCAGGCAAACUUGACGUCAGCGCACUAACUGGCAAUGAAAUUGUUGAACGCCUGUACUUCUCUGGUGAACUCGAAGAUUAUCUGCAGAGAUUAUCAAAUUUCCCAAAGUUUGACUGCAAUCUUGUUUCUAUGAUUGAUGAGUUAUUUGAACCUUAUCUGAAGCUUCUGUGUCAGUAUGAACCAAGGUCGGUCCUGAAGUUUCUGGAGACUUUUGAUAGCUACAGAUUGGUAGGGUGUUUGCAGUUAUGUCUAGAUUAUGGAGUUACAGAUGCUGCUGCAUUUCUGCAAGAGAGGGCUGGUGAUGCUCAGAGUGCACUGGCACUUGUUCUAGCUGGACUAGAUGAGAAAACUAGCCAGUUUAUCACUUCAGUGGAGAAUACGUUUUCUCAGAGGGUUAAUUGGAUCUAUGCCACUACAAUUUUCGUAAGUUGGAAAUAUGCCAUUACAAAAGCUCAAGUUGGAAAUAUGCCACUACAACUUCCCCGUACAUCUAUCUAUGCCAUUUUCUCAACUUAAACCAAUAACGGUUCAAAUAAUACAUGUAUUCUGGUUUGUAUUGACGUAUUUACCAUACUACCCCUGUUUCCAACUUUCAUCAGCACGUUUGGGACUUCCGGGCGCCAAAAAGUUCAAAUAAUUCAAAUUUUGGCAAAAAAUUGAACUUCUCAGAAAAAUCUG